UGAAGAGUCAAUGUAAUGACUUCAUUAAAUAGCAUUUUGGGCAUUCGAUUACGAUUCGAAUAUGUCAAACCUUUUGUAACUGUGUUUACGGUUUCUGCGCAUGGUAGAAAGUGUGUACGGUGGAAAAGUCUUUAUAAACUUUACAGUCAAGUCUUCGAGGUCAAAUCAAGUAGCGCUAGCGAAAUGAAAUCUACACCAAACCAAGCAACCACACUUGUACCGCCAUUCAAGCUGUCGCCGGAACAAGUUCAAAAAUCUCCGCACGGACUGGCUUACGAUGUGCUGAUAAAACCUCCCUCUGCUAGUAAAGUUAUUCCAGAAUAUUCGCCCUCGCCUUCUUCGAAAGAAAAACUUAUAGAGAAGCAUAAAUCUGCAGAAGAAAGAAAGAGAAACAAGGAUUUUGUUGUGCAACAAAAACAAAAACAAAAGGGAGAGAAGAUUAAAAACGCCCGAAGGCAAAUCAUCGAAUCUAUCGAAACCCAACAAAAACAAAUUUUAGAUAAAGUGCAGAAAAAGACGUUAGUUGUCGAGGAGAAGAUGUCUGCGCAACAAAGAGAAUUGGAGGAGAAACGCAAAGCGAGAGAACUCAGAGCUCAAGAAGCAAAGAAAAUACACGAUGCUUUGGUGCAGAGUAAAGUCAAACAAACUGAAGCUAGGCUUGCUACGCUGCUGAAGAUAGCCGAGCAAAAUCGUGAAGCGAACAAAAAAUCAAUAAUUGAGAAAGCAAAAGCCCCUUGUGAGAAGAUUGAAUUAAUCCGUGCGGAGCAGCAAAAGAAAGCGGACGAGCUUGAAGAGAGAGUGAAGCAAAGUCUAACUGAGGCUGAAGAAAAACGCUGUGCGCGUUUAUCAGGAAUUAAAGAAAAAUGUGGAAAACACGUGGAAGAAGCAAAAAGAAGGGCAGCCUCGCUUGAGGGAAGAAAAGAAAUUCGACAACAAUGAAACUUAUGAAAAUACAGAAAGUUUAAAGUUCAGUUUUGGUGUCCUGGCAAGCUACCGUCGCAUCUCAAUAUUUCCAAGAAACUCUUGAAUUAAAAAAAAUUGUAUCUAAGCAUUGUAAAUUUCAACUAAAACAUUCAUUAAUUCUGUAACUCAAAA